CCUUAUCUUCAACACUUUGACUGUGCGCUCUCUCUCUCUCUCUCUCUCUCUCUCUCUCUAGCUGCAAAGCCUGCAAUUGGAUCUGGGUUUUCGUCGUUCUUGGAAAUUCUGAGGAUAAUCUAUUGGAAUUGGGUUUCGAUUUCUCGGCUUCUUGGUUAGCUCUCAUUGUAUUUGGAACAGGUGGCGAGGUGAAGACUUCAAAAAUAGUCGUGGCGAUCGGAUUAUUGGAACAGCAUGCGGUGGUAUUCUCUCUCAGUUGAUGUUUUCCGGAAAGUAGUCUCCUUGAAUUUGUACUGUCGCGUUAUUCUGUAGCAAUACCCUUAAAUCAAUUCAAACACAAACCCUUUAACUCGCCCUUUUUGUCAAUACCUUCUUAAUCCUCCAUGGGAUCCAAUCUGUUUGUUGUCAUUCCCUGCUACGUCCGCUGGAUUAGCUGAACCUCUCUUGAUUCCCUGCUUCAUUGUUGAAUCUAUAAUCUCUACAUUUAAUCCAGUCAAUCACUGGUCUUUUUCCUUAGUACCUCUGUUCAAUCCUUGCUGGCAUUUUCUUUGAUUCUUGUUUAUUCAAAGGUAGCGGUGUUGUUUCGGUAAGAACUGUUGUGAAAAGUUGUGGGUUUUUCUUUGAUUCUCGAUAGCUGUGUUGUUUUCGAUAAGAAGGGUUGUGAAGUUGUGGGUUUUGCGUUGAUUCUCGUUUCGUCGAAGAUAGCGGUGUUGUUUAGAUAAGAAAGGGUUGGGGGAAGUUGUAGUUAUGGUGUGCCAAGCAGCGAGCCAAACAAGAUUUCGUGCACUGAAACACGAGAGCGGGAUUGCUGGUAGUGCAACCAUUAUAGUCAGAGUCAUAGCAUGCUUUCAACCUCUGCAGGAUUGCCAGGCUGAAUAUUUUCGUCACUUGCUUAAGCCUGUAACGUAGGUCGAUUAGUUUCCCACGCAUUUGUGUUUCAAGUUAAGCUGGAUUAUUUUAGUUCUUUUCUUUGUUCCUGGAAGAAAAAUAUCAAGUAAUCAGUGAUCAGUAAUCUACAACUUCUGUUGUACUGGUAAGUGGUGAUUGUUGCGGUUGGAUGGAAAACGACUUUGGGUCCUGGUUUCGUCACCAGAUUUCUGAUCGUCAAUCACCCAAUUUGAACGCCAUGGGCACUCCAUUCGACAUUGGGCUGCAGAAUACUAUCCCUGCUCAUAUGAGCCCUUGCCCUAAUGUCCUUCUCACGAAGGAGAAUGCUCCAGUGUUUCCAUUUUCCGGGGUUCCACAUUUUAAUGCGGGUCAACAGCUGAACGAACCUCAAGGAUGGUUCUAUUGCUUACCUCGAUUCCGUCAGGCCUUCACGCCUGCUCCAAGCUCCAUUUUCAAAGAAAAACUCUCUUCUGGUCCCAAUCCAGAAGCUGGGUGUGCUCAGAAGAGGUUCCUUGUGUUUGAUCAGUCAGGCGAUCAAACAACCCUCAUGUUUACCCCUGGGGUUGGGAGUUCCCCUGUCCAGUGCGCCACUACUUUUGGCCCAAAACUCGACAGUGCUUUUGAUUUGAACAACGUAGGGCUUGGAACCAAAAGAGAGACCAGGCUGCACCUAGAGCCCAUUUUGACUUGUGAAUAUUAUGAAAAUAAAAAAGAUGAUACGGGAAGUGAGAUGUAUCACGAAGACACUGAGGAAAUAAAUGCUUUACUUUACUCAGAUGAUGAUGAGUAUGAUGAUGAUGGGGUUUCUUCUGAAGAUGAUGAAGUAGCGAGCACCGGUCAUUCGCCUUGCGGAAUGACAGAUGAUGGUAAACAGGAAUUGCUUGAGGAAAGUGAAGAAGUUGCGAGUUCUAAAGGGCCCACCAAAAGGAGGAAACUGUUCGAUGGAGGUUGUGAGGUGGAACCGCUCAUGGACACUGCAACCUCUGUUAAGUCCAAAAUAUGCUUUGAUUUGGAAGAUGAUGCUGAAUCUAGUUGUGCCAAUAGUAAAAAUAAGGGCUUGGGCAAAUUUGGAUCAUUGUCGGGCAACAAGAGGUCUAGGAAAGAUAAAAUAAGAGAGACGGUGGAUAUAUUGCAGAGCAUAAUUCCUGGGGGAGAGGGAAAAGAUGCAAUUCGGAUUCUGGAUGAAGCUAUUGAUUAUUUGAGAUCCUUGAAGUAUAAAGCCAAGGCUUUGGGGGUUGAUACGCUCUGAGAUGUACUUGUUCUCAUAUCAUUAUAAUUUAUAAGUAAGUUGUGUACGUGGUGUUCUUAGGAGUUCUACCUUGAUUAAAGGUGUUUAUGGUGCUGUGCAGAAUAACGAGAUGUGUCUAUAUAUGAAGAAGUGAAAACUGGAGGUUGUGGAUAGAGCUUUGAGCCGUAUUGAAGUGUUUGUCCUAUGAUUUCGGUGGUAGCUUUGGUUUGUGUACUCUCUCCUCUCUCUGUUAGAGAUAUAUUAGCAUAUUGGUGGCCAUAAAGGGCAGUGAAUUGGUAGUUGCCAUCUUGGCUUUGAGUGAAGAUAAAAGAACCUCAUCGUUCAUUGAGGAAAGCCUUGUCGAUCUGAAAACUGCGUCAAGAAAAUAACCUAAAGUAGGGGAGAGUGCACGCUUCGAUGCUUUCUUUGGGACUCAAGCCUCACUUUUCGCGCAUUUUAUUUUCAGUUACGUGGUAUGUUCUUUGUGGGAUUUGCCUUUCUAUUCCAGCAAAGUGUGAGAAGUGAUCACUUCUCUGUGUCAUGUAUAGUUUCUUUAGGUCUUUCAAUGGACCAUCCGCCAAACAUGCUUUACUCUACUGCUUCUCUUCCUUCGACCGAAUUGAAGCAUUGUCAUUCGCGUUAGUCCACUGUGUGGAGCACUCCCUCUCUGACUGCUUUCGCGUUUUCAAAGAGAUAUCCAAGUGUUAAUUGUAUGUUUGGUGUUCUGCUGUUUAAUCUUAUUUGAGCUGAAAACUUUAUUA